CUCUAAAAUUCCCACAUUUUCUCUCUCUAGACUUCGUAGCUCUAGGUUUUUGGUUUGAUUCAAUCUUUGGAUGAUUUUGAGUUCUGGAUUUGGGUACACAGCCACAAUUUUGAAAUUUUCUCAUCAGAUCUCCAAACCCUUUCAGGGAAAUAAGGCGUUUUUAAAGCAUGGAUCUUCCUGCAAUUGACGUGGGAGUAAUACCGGAGAAGUUUGAAGAUGUAAAAGUAGAAGGUCCUUCUUUCCCUUGUGAUUUUUUUGGCACAGAAAUAGUUCACAAGAUAGCACAAGCGCUCCUCCCUGGAUUAGCCUCAGCCUGUGUUGACAACACAACAGGUGAUCUCUUCAGGAGCCCUGCUUCUGUGGCUGUUGAUAUCAGAAAAGAAAUGGUGGAAUAUCUGACCCAGAGAAGUGAAUCUUUUGUUGCAGAAUCGGUAAUUCUGGAAGAUGGUCCCGAUACAGAAGUAUCUGACCAUCCUUUCGAUAUUAUUUCUGAUUUUGUUGAUGAUUUUGCAAGUUCGAAAAGGAAUUUGUUCAGCCGGGUUUCUGGGUGGCUACUGAGUGAAAGGAGAGAGGACAAGAUAGAUGAUUUUGUGCAAGAGAUGGAAAUUAAUAGUUUUUGGUUGCUAGACAGGAGGGCAGCCAUUGCACAGACUUUGCUUAAGAAUGCCGACUUCAAGAACACGUUUCACUGCAAUAUGAACUUCAGUUCUGCCGAAGAACUUGAUGAGCAUCGCUCAAAUUGCAGUUUUAGGUCUAUGAACUGCAUGAACGAGGGGUGCAACAGCAGCUUUUGUGCAGCACACAUGGAGAAGCACGAUUCAGUUUGUCCCUUCAAGAUAAUUCCAUGUGAGCAGCAGUGCUCAGAGAACCUCAUGCGACGUGAGAUGGACAGGCAUUGCAUAACUGUUUGUCCAAUGAAGCUUGUGAACUGCCCUUUCUAUUCUAUUGGUUGCCAAUCCACUGUCCAUCACUGUAUGGUUGAGCAACAUCAAUCGGAUAAUCUCGAUUCUCACUUCUUGUGUGUUCUCCAAGUUACUCACAAGGAUGUGUCUGUGGAGGAUCUCAAACAACGGGUGGAGCAACUAAAAGAGUUGUUGUCUCCCAGUGAGCUAGCAGAAGCUAAAAAUGUCAGAUCUUUAACAUCUGCAGUCAAGAAUCUUGAAUCGAAGCUUGGGCCAUUAGAAGUAACUGUCCCCAAAACAGUGAGCGAGGAGAACACAGAAACUUCAGAUUCAGUAGCACAAAUUCCAGUUGAAGCCGAAAGCUGAAAUUCCUGCCCACCAAUUAUGCAUGCAUUUUAAGAAAACUAGAUUCAUUAAAAGAGAAGCAAAAGUAUAGAUAGGAAAUGUUGGAGUUUUCCUUUUUUAUUCCAUUCAAAUUUCAUGCAUGUGUUUGACAGCUAUAGUAUGCAUCUUACUCACAUGUUUAUGAUCAUAUUGAUUUUUUUAUUCUUCACAGAAGAGACUGUAUCGUUAUGAACAUUCUUCUGUGCUGUCUACUGAUCAUUAAGAGAAUCCUAUAUACCAAUUUGUCAUUCAAAA